AUGUCGAAGAAGGAAGUCGAGAUGAAUGAAGAAGGUUUAUUCAAGAAGUGGCUCGCGCAGACGGACGAUACCAUCAACCAGUGGUGCAAUGUCGGCCAACAGACGCAGUCUGAUGAUUUUUGCGAGGGUCCCGCAGAAGACUCAGGAACGAGUGCCCACGGGCCGCCUGAACCCAGCAUGCCCCAGGCACCAACGUCCUUCGAACGUAAUCUCGAAGUUUGGAGGCAACUCUGGCGCGUAACAGAGAUCUCCCAGAUCCUGCUGAUUCUUCUGGAUUCGCGUUGUCCUACUCUGCAUUAUCCCCCGUCGCUCCGUGCUUAUCUAUCCUCUCCACCAGGGCUGGCCAGUCGCACGCGCACCAUACUUGUACUCACGAAAGUAGAUAUAUCUGGUCCUGCAAAAGCAGAUGCUUGGACAAGGUACCUGAACUCGCAAUACCCGGGGGUCAUCGUCGUACAGGUAGAGUCAUAUGCCGAGAAGAAUUCAGAGAGCCACCACGAUUCUACGAGUCAGAGAUCUCGCAGAGCCCACGAGCCCCAUCUUCCAUCAGCGUUUCGCCAGACAUUUGUCAAUGCGCUUCGCGAUGUACACCAGGAGCUGUUAAGCCCUCCUGAGCGCAUCCGAGGUGAUCCAGAUAGAUUGCGAAGAUGGAAACCUCCUGUCAAGAGAGUGGUGGACUGGGACAACGUGUUGAAGGCUGAGGGGGGCCAAGUCGGAACGGUUGUUGGCGGCCCCAUGAUCCCUCGUUCUAAAGAGACAGAAGAACUGCAAAGAACACAAGGCAGCGAAGAGGACGAAGGUGAUUCGGAGCCGGAGUUCUUGACGAUUGGCUUGCUAGGUCAACCGAAUGUGGGUAAAUCCUCCCUUUUGAAUGCCUUGUUCGGCACGCACAAGGUCAAGGCUUCGAAGACUCCAGGAAAAACGAAGCACUUUCAAACACUCUUUUGGACGUCCGACGUGCGUCUCGUCGACUGUCCUGGGCUUGUCAUGCCCAACUUCGUUCCGAUGGAAGUGCAGGUCUUAAGUGGGAUCCCGCCCAUCUCGCGCAUCUCAGCUAUUCCGCUCUGCAUCUACCACGCGGCGCAGCUUCUUCCCCUCGAGAAGAUCUAUGGCCUCACACAUCCCUCACUCUCAGCUAGCCCUGCCGAGGACAAACGCACAUGGCGUGACGGCAUGCGCCCGCAGGCGCAAUCAUUCAGCAAGGGAAGAGAGACAACAUGGACGGCAAUGGACGUGCUGACGGCUUACGCACUGCAGAAAGGAUGGGUCACCGCAAAGGCCGGGAGACCCGACGUCAACCGCGCGGGGAAUGCCAUCCUGCGCGCGCUGGCGGAAGGAAAGAUCCGCUGGGCAUUCUGGCCACCAGGCACAGACGUGCAUUUUAUGGAGGAACACCAAGCGGAGGGAUGUGGCAUCUGGAUGGCGCGUCCUGUUUCUAAUGCACAAGAGAGCGAACUGGACUCGGAUGCUGGCGGGGGGUUGUCCGAUGAGGAAUCCGGAGAUGAAUGUGCCGUGUACGAGGAAGAGGACGUCUCAGACGACGAGACGGUUGUAAGCGAGGAGGAGGGGCUUGCAUCGGGCGGCUGGUUUGGUGCCCUGGCAUUGGCCGACGAAGAUGCCUCGGACGACGACUCUUCGGAUAGAGAACAGUAA